UUUGCAAUUUUCUAAUUUUCCUCUGGCUGGAGUUCGUAUAUCACAGAUGUUUUUCAAAGUGAAUUUACAAGUGAUAUGUAUCAGAUUCAUUGGGAAAAUGCGGAACAUAUUAAUAUAUAUUUCAGUUCUUAGCCACCAUCAACAACAGAAAAAAUAUUAAAAAUAUAUUCUAAAAAAUACGCCUUUCCUUCGUUGUUGGCGUCGUUUUUAUACAAAAUAAAGGAUACGACACAGGUUUUGAUUUCUGUUACAGUUUCCAAGGAAACAUGUGGAUGUAUUUGCUAUUUAAAUCUCUUUUUUUGUAAACACGAAACAUACAUUUUUUAUAAAGAAAGGAAAAGUUUCAAGAUAAUUACGUGAAUAAGAGUUUAUCUUUUCUAAAAAUGUUUCAAAAUUUAUACAUAUAUUCAUAGUUUAGAUAAAACAACAUCUAUUUCAGUGUUUGCCUCUUUGACUGAAAGGUACAUUGUGUCAUUAGCAAAUGGGGAGAUGCCGUGCAUUGAUGAUGCCUUGACAAUAAUGGCAAUAAAGGAAAAUGAAAUUGCUGUCAGGAAAGCUGUAGGAAUGUGUAAAAAGGAGAUAGAAUCUUUGGGAAUUCCAUUGCCUGAUGAUUUCGAACUAAAAUACAAACAAAUUCAGAGGGAUGCACUCAAACAGUUUCGCAAGAAAGCCGUGCUAGAUGAUAAACAAGUAUUUCAAAAGAUCGCAGAAAAAGAAAUGGAUUCAUUCAAAAUACAAACCGUAAAGGAAAAUAAGAUAUUCCUACAAAAGACCUGUUUCCAAGAACUGCAAUGUAUGUAUGACAUAUUGAUAAAACCAAAAGUUGACAAAGGAACGUAUUUUGAACAAGGGGGCUAUAAAACAUACAGAGAGGAUUUUGCUGGACUAAGGAAAAAUAUCAAAGAAAGACUACCAGGAGUCAACUCAUAUAUUGUGCAUAUGAGUGGUCUAGAGUUUGAAAACAGAUAUCGGGAACAAGAUGAAGAAAUAUUGGAAAAGACAAACCUUAGUGAAUUAGAAAUAAAAGCUGAAAUUCAGAAACAACAGGGAAUGAUCGAGCAGAGAAAAGGUGAACUAGUUCAAAAAGAAGAUUUGAGAAAACAAUCUGAGGCAGAAAAAUGGGAAGAUUAUAAAGAUGAACUUUCAUCUGAGAGAAAGAAGGAACAAAAAGAACUGGAAGAAAAGUAUGCAAGUUCUCUUGAAGAUUGGGAGAAAGGCAAAAUGGAUCUAGAAAGAAAGAUAAAAGAGAAAGAUGAUGUCAUUUCAAAGCUUCGCAAAUCUCAACGCCGUUCUCCCACUAUUGUUGCCCAAAAACCUGCUAUGAAAGAAACAGUGCUUAAAACAUUUCUCAGCCUUAUUCCUGUUGUCGGCCCAAUAGCAUCUGGAGUUUAUGAAAGAUUUUCAUCUUCAUAAUUGAUAUUUGUUCAAGUAGUGGCACUUGUUCAAAAAUAUCAUUUAAGAAAGUACUGUUGCAUUAAAAAAAUAAUGAGUUCAUAAUGAUAAUAUUAUUUGCAUACUUUAAAAGCAAAAUCAAAUCAAUGUAGAUGACAGAAAACUUUCAUAAACAUUAGCGUAUAAUCAUGUGAAAUUUUUAGUUACGAAUAUUAUUUUGAAUUUAUUGGAUAGAGGAGCAUUAACGUUUGUAUAUACGAUUCAGAUAAAAAGUGUAUUUAAAUCUUUUGCUAAACCAUUUAGUAUAAAUAUAUAUGUUUUGUACAAUUAUAUUUUUGUUUUAUUGCUUAUAUCUUUUGCUGCUUUUUCUUCGAGUGUCUUCUGUACAUUUGGUCAGAUAGAGACACAAAGGUUUAACCGAUGUUUAGACUUAACAGAACUUGAGAGCAGAAAACCGGGAUGAAAAUCCAACAAAAAUUAUACAAAAUUCAGAACGCAUUGAUUACAUCCAUUGUUUU